GACAAGUCUUUCAUUAUUAGGAGGAUUAUCAAGGGCUCUAGAGCAAGAGCCUUUCAUAAUCUUUUGAAAUCUUCUUCUUGAGUUCAUUUCUAAAUAGAAAACAAUGCCGAGGAAUAAGAAAACAGAAUGGCAAAUAGGAGAUCCUCCGAUAAGCGUGGUGAGCGAUCAAUUCUGUAAUCCAUACCCAAUGGAUCUAUUGGUGAGGAGAAAAGUUCAGAAUUUCUCCAAAGAUCAUUACCAAGUGUUUGAUCCAAGCGGGAAUCUCCUCCUGCAAAUUGAUGGACAUGCUUGGGGAUUUAACCAUAAAAGGGUUAUGCGUGAUCCAGCUGGUUUCACAGUCCUCACAAUGCGCCAAAAGGGAAUUACGUUGAAGAACAAGUGGGAAGUGUAUGGAGGAGAGAGCAAAGAGAGAGAAGACUUGCUGUUCACGGUACAGCAAUCUCAAGCGAUCUCACUGAAAACAUCUGUGGAUGUUUUCUUGGCAGAGAACAAUAAUGUCAAGAAGAGCAAUACUUGUGAUUUUCAUGCUUCAGGCGGAUACUCGAAUAUCUCAUUCAAAGUUUUUAAAUCGGAUGCUCUCAUCGCCGGGGUAGGGGUUACGCAUAAGUUUACAUGGGGAAGCUUCUGCAAAGGGAAAUAUAAUUUUAGCGUGAGAGUGAAUCCAGAGGUUGAUUAUGCAUUUAUCAUAGCUUUGCUUGUUAUGGUCGAUGACAAUGAGAAUUGGUGUUAGUAUCUUCCUAGAUACUGUAUAUAUAUCUUGUCCUCUUUGGCUCUUUCUCUGUUCCUUCCACAAUUUUUCGGUCUGUAUACAUGUAUUCUUUUGUCAAGAUUGUUUUUUUUU